AUGCUGGUGAAGGAAUACCGAAUCUGCAUGCCCCUCACCACAGAGGAGUACAGAAUUGGACAGCUGUAUACUAUCAGCAAGCACAGCCACCAGGAGAGCGAUCGGGGAGAGGGCGUAGAGGUCAUGGAGAACAGAUCGCAUCAUGAUCCGGUCUAUGGACCUGGCCAGUACACAGAGAAACGGGUCCACCUCUCCAGCAAGCUACCCGGAUGGGCCAGGGCGGUGGUUCCCAGGAUGUUUUAUAUCUGUGAGAAGGCCUGGAAUUAUUACCCCUACACCGUGACAGCAAUGCAGUGCUCCUUCCUCCCAAAAUUCUCCAUCCAUAUUGAGACAAGAUAUUCUGAUGACUGCGGUGACGAUGACAGUAUAUUUAAUUCAGACUCGGCAGAGGACGCUCAUGAAGUGACACACCUAGACAUCACGUAUGACGAGAUCCCGGAGAGAUAUUAUAAGAGUACCGAGGAUCUCAGGCAUUUUGUCUCUGGCAAGACGGGCCGCGGGCCUCUUCAGGAAGGCUGGAGGUGCCAGACAAAACCCAUUAUGUGCUCCUACAAAUUAGUUAAUGUCAAGUUUGAGGUGUGGGGCCUUCAGACACGAGUCGAGCAUUUUGUGCACAAGGUUAUUCGGGACCUGCUGAUCAUCGGUCACCGGCAAGCCUUUGCAUGGGUAGAUGAAUGGUAUGGAAUGACCAUGGAGCAGGUUCGAGAGUAUGAAAAGGAGACACAGGCCGCCACCAAUGAGAAAAUAGGACCAGUUGCACCGACCAUUACCAUAACUGCAGAAAGCCAGUGCCCUGCUAUCCGUAGUGCCCCUGCCACCCCCAUCACUGGUGAGCCUCCAGAAUUUCUCACCCUGCCCAAAGAAAGACCACGCAAGACCUCUGCCCCAGAUACACUUACUCUACCAGAACUCAGAGAACGAGCCAACGGACCUUCCAAUCACCUCUCGCCAAACAAUACUGACAGCUGA